AUGAGGCCCGAGAUUGACCACAGAGAGCAAGGAAGAUACACAAAGGUGCAGUACCGUGGUCCUUACUUCUGCUGUACAUUUUUCCAUCCCUCAGCAAGCACCUGUGGUCUCAUGACUUUUAAAUUACGACAUGUUGACCCAAGGAGUGGAGAUAAGGACCAGCCCUGGAGGGGUUCUUUAUAUUGUGAAGAAACAGCCAGCAUGUGGACAGCUGCAGCACUGCAGCACUUUUCCAAGACAUUGCUGAAGGUCAGUGGUGAAGGACAUCUUCACAGGUCGCUUGUAAUGCUGCUGGCCAUGUGGAGCCUGCUCCUGUGGCAGGAUGUGGCCGCCCAGGCUAACUGUAUCACUGAGCCUGGCUACCGUAUGUCCAUCCUGGAUCUGUUGGAUCAUGCAAUCACCCUGUCUCACUACAUCCACACCCUCUCUUCAAAUCUCUACCAGGAAGUUGAAACCCUUUACUCUCAGGACACAGACUUCUUUGUUCUGUACAUGACAAAGUGUCACACAGCCUCCAUCUCCACACCAGGGAACAAGGAACAGGCCCUGAAGAUCCAGCCGAAGGAUUUCAUAAUCCUGGUGAUCCGAUUGCUGCACUCCUGGGAGGACCCCCUGAGCCACCUCAUGACUGAAUCAGUUCACCUGCCACGUGUCACCCUCAGUUUCACUUGGAAAGCUGAAAUGAUAGAGAAGAAAAUGCAACAACUUCUAGAAGGCCUGAAGUGGAUCGCCAGACGGAUUGCUCCUCAAAUCACAAACUAUGGGGACUCUCCUGUCUGGACCCAACUUCCCUCUCUGCAGUCAGCUGAUGGAAAAGAGCACCUGAAUACUCUCCAUCACCUGUGCCACUGCCUACGCAGGGACACACAUAAGGCUCAGAAUUUCCUGAAGGUCCUGAAGAGCCACAUUGCAUAUCACGGUAACUGUUAA